CUGGAGCAUCGACACUCCAUCCUCUUGAAAUUGUUUGGACUUUAGAAAUAUUAAUAUUUCAUCAGAAAUGGAUAUGAUUUCCGGCAUGCAGAAGAUGUCAGUGGGGCAGCCGCCAGCGGGAAAGGGUGCGGCGUGUCUGACAUGUAAAGGGAUCUGCUCUGGAUUCCAGCCACAUUCCUGGAGAAAAGCUUGCACUCAGUGUCACUGCAGCCAAGAAGACCAUGCUCCCAGCUCGGACCUUGAGGACGACUAUAAAAUGGGCCAGUUGUUGGCGAACUCCAAGUACGCCCACCUGACUACUAAAGUGAAAGGUGGAGAUGGCCUGAGGGUCUACAAGCGCAACCGCAUGAUCAUCACCAACCCUGUGGUGUCUCGCAAAGACCCCACCUUCAACACCAUCACCUAUGACUGGGCCCCACCUGGUCUGACUCAAAAACUGGCCAUGCAGUAUAUGGAGCUUCUCCCAGAGGAAAUGCGGCCUGUGGCGGGCACGGAGGGAGCGCUGUACAGGCGCAGGCAGUUGAUGAGGCAGCUCCCUGCUUACGAUCAGGACCCGUCACAGUGUCACAGCUUGUCGGAGGCUGAAGUCAAAGCCAUGGCUCAGUUUGUUAAAAGUUAUAAGGAGGAGGCGUUGGGAGUGGGGGAGGUAGCGUUGCCAGGAGAGGGAGGAACGUCCAAAGACAACGGUGCAAAACCGAAGAAUGAGAAAGAACAGCCAAACCCAGAGCCAACCACCAAUGGCACAGUGGAAGAGAAUGGCAAGAAGAGUGAAUAUCACUGUAGCGGUUGUAAGAAGUUGGCAGCCCUGGACAGCCCCGUCGUGUACGCGGAGAGAGCGGGAUACGAGCGCCUCUGGCACCCUACCUGCUUUGUGUGUGCGGAGUGUGGCGAGGCCCUGGUGGAUCUGGUGUACUUCUGGAGGAAAGAGACACUGCUAUGCGGCCGGCAUUACUGCCAGAGUCUGAAGCCGCGCUGUCCGGGCUGCGAUGAGUUGAUCUUCUCUGAGACAUGCCAUCAGGAAAACGGCCAGGCCUGGCAUAAGGAGCAUUUCUGCUGCUGGCAGUGUGGCCAGAAUCUCCACGUUCAGUGUGGCUGCACCAAAAAAACCCAAAAGUGAAGAUGCGUAGCUAUGAAACCAACCUGCUGAGUGGCAGCAGAAAGGCCAGUUUGGAUAUACUGCUUUGUUUUUGUUUUCUUCUUUUUGCAGUAUAUACCCAACAUGCCAUUCAGACUGUAUCUCCCUACUAUAUAUGAAUUAUACGAUAAAUAGGAAUAGAAAUGACGACGUCACACCAUUAAUUUACAGUGGUGGCAGUUAUAUUGAAGUAAAUAGUCUAUGUGUAAAGAGAGUGAGCUUUUCAUUAGCAGACUGUGUGUGUGAUAUAUUAUUUUUUUUUCUCCCCCUCUUGAAGGCUCCAAAGUGAUUUUUUUUGUACAUUACUGAGGAUUAGUAAACACACCGACCCAUGCCUGACUGUUUAGAGAAAAACCAUACUGCACUAAUGCUUCACGUCAUUAUAUUAUAAUGCAGUCAUGGGUGCAACUUGGCUGAGAACGAGAGCUGAUGUGAUGAACAGGAUGGACCUUUAGGGCUGAGACCUGUUUGCAUCAUACGUCUUGCGUUAGAGCACAUGGAUGAGCUGGGGGUUUGUUAUAAACGACCAGGAGUGAUCAGAGAAAGCAGGAGUUCAAAGCGUAAAGUGACUUUUUUUCCACUGGGUUAGUCACGGACACCACUUAAAAUUCAAAAACAGAGAGCCAGAUGUAGAAAACGAUUAGCGCUAAGUGUUUUAAAGACUGAUGGUGCGAGGCAGUGAUUCUGGAUGGAGUGAAGGUUCUAGCUUCUUCUGUGCCAGCUGAGCUGUCUGGAGUUUCACAAGCAGCCAUUUGCCGGUGCUGUCCGAGAUAAAACAGAUCCUGUCUCGUAUAAGCACGUGGGUAAGAGUUCAUGGAGUCUACGCACGAGGGCGUUUCAUGCGAAUGUGUUUGUAAACAUUUCACACUACUGACGCUUACAGCCUGAGCUAGGAUUCCUGCCAUGAUACCAGAGCGUUAGAUCACGUAAAGCGCCGUGUCUGGCUCCACUUUCUAAUAAGUGUCUUGAAGUAUUAUAUAAAUAAUCAUCGAAGACUUUAUGCAAGUACAGAUUGUUACAAUGAAGUACUUGUGUUCAGUUCGUCCUUGAAACGUCUGGACUCAGAUUGAAUACACGCAGUUUAUUACGAACACCUGCUCAUUCAUGCAUGUCCGAGGAGAUCUAGAGGAAAGAACAGCCAGAAACAUCCCGGUUUAAGCGAACAGGAAGUUGACGGUAACUCAAAACCACUCUUUACAAGCGUGGUGGGCAGAAAAACUCCUCAGAUAGACACGUGACGCAUAGCCAGGCUACAAUGGCAGAUGAUCAUAUUAGGUGCCAGUUUUGGUGUCCACGGUCACCUCAGGUUUGUUUUCUUGGCCUCCAGGAGCGGAAGCCGAUGUGGCCGACUUCUAUUGUAGCUCAUCAACCUCAAUGUGCGUUCCGAGAUGCUUUUCUGCUCAGCAUAGCUGUGGCCGUUCUGUUUAAAGUGUGGUUUUUGUUGUGUGGAAAAAUCCCAGGAGAUCAGCAGUUUCUGAAAUGCUCAUACCAUACCAUCUGGCACCAACAAUCAAGUAGAUAGUACGGUACAGUACAUCAGGACGCUUAAUAUAAAGCAGCAUAGCAUCUUUAAAAUUAGAGAAUAUUAUGUUUAAAAUAUAAAACUGAGUGUGUGGGGAACUUUAUUAUUAUUUUAAAGUUCCUUGCUGAUGAGCUUGAUUUCUCUCGGAGAUCUAAAAUCCAUCGCAAUCAUCAAAUUCCUGCAACCAGCCACAAACAGCAGUCCUGGACUGGAAUCGUAUCCAAAGCCUGAGUGGUUUGGAUCUCUGGCAGUAAUGUAACCCCGUAUCAUUUCGCCAUUGUUUUUAAAUGUUUAUACAGAUGUUUCAGUGAAGCUUUAGAGAGAAAAUAAAUGUCUCGUAUGUGAAAAUGUGCCAGUUCCUGUAAAUGUGCCUUUUUUUAUGAUUUUAAUAUUAAGUUUCAUAUGGUUAAGAUUAAUGCGUUUUGGAGAAGGAAUCAAAGUGUAGAUAUGAAGAGGCGACGUCGCACGAUUUGUUUUUUCUUUCACAAUGAUUGAGUGCACGGUCCCUGAGGGCAUCUCGAAAUGGAAGAUCUUUGAAACCAGAGAGGUUUCGAUAUCAAGAAUUGUUUGUGUUCAUAUUUAUUAAUGAUGUGAAAAUCAUAAACUCGUGCUCACCUUUUUGCUUUGUCUUUUUCUUUGGAUUAAAAAAAUAAUAAAGGGAAUGUGUUUGGUGCCUGUAAUUUAUGAAAAUGAUGUGUAUAAGUGAAUGUAGGAUCGUUUAAAGUGAUAUUUAGAACUGGAAUGUUCACAUUGUAAAUUUGUAAAAGCAGGAUGAGACUUUUCAAGCAUGAUAUACCGGUGGUGGGAUCAGUUUAUUACCUUUUCAAAUGAUUUUUAUUAUCUGUGGAAAGGGGAGUAGCUGCAUAUUUUUGAGAAUAUUUGUACCGUAAACUGGUGAUGAAUUAUUUUGAUGUUACAUUGAUGUCUUUAGUUUGAAUGAAUCAACUGGAAGGCUGAGAGGAAAACAUAAAGGACUGUAAAUUUAAUUAAAGUUCUGCUUUUUUUUUUUGUAGGCAAUUAUCAAUUUUUUUUUUUAAACUGUUUAAGUAUAAAUCUCAAUUUUGACAUCUGAUAUGAAUCUUUUUAAAGAUUCUAUUUAAGGUAUUCCACAAAAUCGAGUCCUACAUGAGCGCCGCGUUGGUUAUAAGCCAUGUACAAUGAGAUUGAGUGGGAUAAUGUUUAAAUUCUAUCCACAUUCUCUGUUUCUCAAAAUCCAGUGCGCUUUUUUUUUUUGUGCAAAUUUGAUAAACUUGAUGCAAAAUGUCCAACAAAAUAAGUUCCGCUUAGAACGCAAACAAACCGGCCAAAUGCCCGUAGCAGUUUGUGAAAAAUGUGAUAAUUCUUGGAAAAAUAAAAAGAGACAUUCUUACCAUCAGAUACUUUUAUUCCAUAUUUCAGGGCUUUUUGGGGGGGUUGUUUUCAAGUAGAGGCUUUUAUUUCGUCCUCGGUUGGUUCAGCAAAACGCUCCACCGUUUUGUUUUUCUCUAUUCACAGUAUAUGAGCUGAUAUCCUAGUAGUAGAGUAGCCAAUGGGAGCACGUGAUUGCUCAUAUCCAGUGAAUGUGGAUAGAAUAAUCAUGCAUGUUCUAUGUGAAGGUGAUAUUUGUAUCCAUUGCUAAAUAAUAAGGACUGAUCCAAUGAUUUGUGUUGUUUGUUUUUAAAACGGCAUUAUAUGAUGCAAAGCUUUUAUGCAACAGCUUUUUUUUUUUUGUUGGUUUUUUUUUAGAUUCAUAUCAGUUGAGUGCAAAAAUUCGCAUCCCCUCCUGGCUUCUGAAUGGGGAAAAAUAAAAAUGUACCACUAUUUUACAAUGUAUUUGCAAAACUCCAUGCUCCAAUCCACUUCUCAGUGGAUCCAAAAGCUGAUUCGAGGAUAUAAAAGUUCUCUGUUAAGAUAUUAACUUGUACUAUUUGUAUAUUUACUUGUCGUGAAUAAAAUUUUUGGUCUUUUUUUUUAAAUAUAUUUUGUCAUGAGGGUAUACAAACUUUUUUCCACUUGACUGAUUUUAAAAAUGGAGUUGCUUUCCAAACGAGUUGACCUGGUUGACAAUUAUGCUUUUGUAUUUAAA